AUGCAUAAAAGGACUCAUAGUGGAGAGAGACCAUAUGAAUGUAAGCAAUGUGGGAAAACCUUUAGGCGAUCCUCAAACCUCAUUUCACAUGGAAUAAUUCACAGUGGUGAGAGGCCUUAUGAAUGCAAGGAAUGUGGGAAAGCUUUUAAGCGUUCCUCUCACCUCACUAAACAUAUAAGUAUGCACAGUGGAGAGAAACCUUUUGAAUGCAAGGAAUGUGGGAAAGCCUUUAGUUGUUCCUCUUCCCUAAGUGCACAUGUAAGAAUGCACAGUGGAAAGAGGCCUUAUGUAUGUAAAGAAUGUGGAAAAGUCUUUAUUUGUUCCUCAGCCCUCACUGUACAUAUAAGAACGCACAACGGUGAAAGGCCUUAUGAAUGUAAAGAAUGUGGUAAAACCUUUAUUUGUUCAUCAGCCCUCAUUGCACAUACAAGAACUCACAGUGGAGACAGAGCUUAUGAGUGUAAGGAAUGUGGUAAAGCAUUUAGUAAGACCUCCCACCUCAUUCGACAUAAAAGGACUCACAGUGGAGAGAGGCCCUAUGAAUGUAAGCAAUGUGGGAAAGCAUUUAAGCAAGACUCAUACCUCAUUACACAUCGAAGAAUUCACAGUGGAGAGAGGCCUUAUGAAUGUAUGCAGUGUGGGAAAGCCUUUUCUCAGGCCUAUUCCCUCACUAAACAUAGAAGGACUCACAGUGGAGAGAAGCCUUAUGAAUGUAAGGACUGUGGGAAAACAUUUAGUCAGGCCACACACCUCACUACACAUAGAAGAUUGCACAAUGGAGAGUCUUUAUGA